AUGAAAUACGGGCAACAGUUGGAGCGCGAGUCUCUUCCAGAAUGGAGCCUCUACAAUCUCGACUACAAUUCUCUGAAACACGAGAUCAAGGUACACACUACGCGGGACCAGGCCACCGCCAUUGCUAUUCCGGGGCAUCAAGACGCUACCCUGAAGAAGUUCGAGGACAAUCUGUAUGGCGAAUUAUGCCGCCAGCAUGAUAGGGUGGACCUCUUCAUCACCAGUAAGGCGGAUGAAAUUUCGAGGCGUUUAGAACAUCUCGCUAGUCAGAUUCAGCGCUGGAUUACCAAGUACUCUGAAGCAAACGACUCUACCAUCUCGUUGAAACGGCAACGAAGGUUUGCCAGUAUGCAAAUACAGAAAUGGACAGGAUCAGUAACGUUGUCCGCUCGCUUCAAUGGAAACAUUCUUGGUGACCCAAAGAGCUUUACAAAACGCACAUUCGAGCACCUCCAAAGCCGUCAUGAUGAAAUACUCGCUACUCUACUGGCGGUAACUCCCCACUUCAGCGAACCUAGUUCGCCUGAAUCUCAUGGGCAUGCGGCACCAGAACCAGCCUCACCCGAGCAGAGCCGCCCUCGGCAUGUAGAUUUCGAACCGCUUCCCGCUGCGAAAAUUGACUCGCCGGUUAAGUACUGGAACGAGUAUGAUGAUGGCAGCGAGGCAGGAGGGCCUGAAGAAGAAUAUGCCAUUUAUAUCAACCCUGAAGAGGAUACCGGGUUUCCUGGCUUUGCAUAUGUGAAUGCCUUGUUGUCGUUGCCGUAUGAAAAAGCAAAGCAAUGGUUCAAAUCUAGGCGGCCUAGCCACGAGACCCGACCUCUUCUUGCUUCAGAGCUGAGUAGCCAAGGCAGUUUGGGAUACGCAUCCACUGCCGUCAACACGGAUUCGGAAGAGGAAGGGUAUGCUAGUUCGGAUGGAUAUCCUCAACUCGGUUAUGCCACGCAUUAUGCUUUGCCAAGCAUCAGCGAGCAGAAGAUUCAAAGAUAUAGAGAAAAAGCACUCAUGUGGGGCACCCUUGGUUGCUUCGUGGCGUCGUUUGCACUGCUUGGCAUCGCCAGUGUGCUGAUUCUAACUGGGAAACGCAAGCUUCGCGUUGAAGUUGAUGCCGGUGUGACGGUAGGUGUUAUGGUCAGUCUGUUCUGCGCCGGGUCGGGACUGGGCAUGACGCUCUAUCGCCGAGACCGGCUGUCCAUCGCAUACAAACUGACGGUGUCGAGUGCGUUUGUUGCAUCGUGUAUUCUGAAUGGUAUGCUCCUUGUUCUGGUCAUGGGCAAUGCGCCGUGA